CUGAUCCCAGUCCCUUUUUCAUGUGGGUGGAGCAUUCAGUACGGGGCAAAAAUAAAUUCUGCAGAACAUAUUCGUCAUCACCCUGCCACCAAAGCUUUCGCGCCUGCUGUGCUGCGAUGGAAGAAGCAGCAGCCGGCGCCGGCGCCGGCGCCGCGCUGGAGGUGGUGGUGUUCCCAUGGCUGGCGUUCGGGCACAUGCUCUCGUUCCUCGAGCUGUCCAAGCGCCUGGCGGCUCGUGGCCACGCCGUCGCCUUCCUCUCCACGCCACGGAACCUCGCCAGGCUCCCGCCGGUGCCGCCGCACCUCUCGCCUCGCCUCCGCUUCGUGUCGCUGCCGCUGCCGCGCGUCGACGGGCUGCCGGAAGGCGCCGAGUCCACGGCCGACGUGCCGCCCGACAAGAUCGAGCUCCUCAAGAAGGCCAUGGACGGGCUCGCGGCCCCGCUCGCCGCGUUCCUGGCCGACGCCGUCGCUGCUGGCAGGAGGCCCGACUGGAUCGUCCAUGACUUCUGCCACCACUGGGUCCCGCCCAUCGCCGGCGGGCACGGUGUGCCGUGCGCCGUGUUCAUCAUCGUCUACGCCACCUUCAUGGCCUUCCUGGGGCCGCGGUCGGCGAACGCCGAGCACCCGCGCGCGGCGACAGAGGACUUCGCCGUCGCGCCCAGGUGGAUCCCGUUCCCGUCCACGAUCGCGUACCGACGCCGCAGCGAGGCCGAGUGGAUCGCCGCCGCCUUCCGCGCCAACGCGUCCGGCGUGUCCGACAUGGACCGCGUGUGGCGGCUCUUCGAGCGCUGCCGCCUGGCCAUCUACCGGAGCUGCGACGAGGUCGAGCCCGGGAUGUUCGCCCUCCUAGCCGACCUCUUCCAGCAGCCCGUCGUCCCCGCCGGGAUCCUGCUUCCUGCCGUGAUCGCUGAUGGCGACGGAGAGCGUCCUGAGACCCUGCGCUGGCUCGACAACCAGCCCGCCAAGUCAGUCAUCUACGUCGCGCUGGGGAGCGAGGCGCCGCUGACUCCAGGGAUCCUGCACGAGCUCGCGCUCGGGCUGGAGCUCGCCGGGGUGCGCUUCCUGUGGGCUCUACGCAGGCCGUCCGGGAUGUUCAGCGCCGCCAUCGACGCCGUCACGGACGACGAUCUCCUGCCCGCCGGGUUCGAGGAGCGGACGCGGGGGCGAGGGCUGGUGCACACCGGGUGGGUGCCGCAGGUGGCGGCGCUCGCGCACGGCGCGACGGGCGCGUUCCUGACGCACUGCGGGUGGGGCUCCACCAUCGAGAGCUUCGCGUCCGGGCACCCGCUGGUGAUGCUCCCGUUCGUCCUGGACCAGCCCCUCGUGGCGCGCGACAUGGCGGAGAGGGGGAUCGGCGUGGAGGUGGCGAGGGACGAGGGCGACGGCUCGUUCGACAGGGACGGCGUGGCGGCGGCGGUGCGGCGCGUCACGGUGGACGAGGAAGGGAAGGCGCUCGCCAGCAACGCCAUGAAGCUGCGAGAGGUUCUCAUGGAUCAGGGGCGGCAGGAGAAGUACAUUGACGAUCUUGUGGAGCACCUGAGGCGCUACAGAGGCUGCUGCUAGUGGCGUGCUCCAGAUUUGGCAAUGAAAGUGUGAAAUGGUGAAAACCAUGUGAAAAUGAAAAUCGAUCAAUAAGUUUCACAAUGAGAAAUUUUAACAUA